AUGCCUGCUGCAGAGAUGGAUGACUUCCGAAGGUCCUUCACUCGGCUGUGCAAGGAGAGCGGGGCUGAGCCACAGGAGAGCGUCCUGCAGCUCUUACAGGAGGCGAAAGGGAGAAGCCGCUUGGAUUUUGCUGCACAGAGCCUUUCUGUGGACACGUGUGGGGCCUUGGGCAAGCUCUUGCAGGAUGAGCUCCAGUUCACCGACAUUGUGCUGAGUGACUGCAUGCUGAGUGAAGAAGGGGCUAAGCUACUACUUCAUGGACUUUGCACUAACUCAGUUGUGAAAUCCUUGGACCUGAAGGGCAAUAACCUGCGAGCUGUGGGAGCUGAAGCCCUGGGGAAACUGCUCAGGCAAAACAAGUCUAUCAGGAGCCUCACUUUAGAAUGGAACAACUUGGGUAUCUGGGAGGAAAGUUUUGCUUUGUUCUGCGAAGGGCUUGGAGCAAACGGUACUCUGCAACGCCUGGAUCUGCGCAAUAAUCAGAUCAACCACCAGGGGGCAGGAGAGCUCUCCAUGGCGCUGAAAAACAAUUCCACUCUGCAGGAAAUUGAUCUUCGUUGGAAUAACGUUGGGCUUCUAGGGGGGCGUGCGCUCUUGAAUUGCCUGCAUAGCAACCGGGUGCUACGACAGCUUGAGUUGGCCGGGAACAAUGUGCCCAGUGACAUCCUGAAGGCUGUGGAUCAAGCUAUGGAGCACAACCAAGAGCGUCAGAACAUUCUCUGCAAGAGUCAUAACAUGAAACGUGUGCUCAGUAAAGAGGUGCUGUGCUUGAAGGAGGAGAAAGCAAAACAGUUCCUGGAUCUGAUGGACACUAUUGACAGACAGAGAGAGGAGAUAACCCGCAGCAACAGGGUCUCAGCGGCACGAGUCGGGCAGCUGCAGGAAGCCCUGACUGAACGUCAUUCUGUGCUGAACUCACUAAAAGCAAAGCUCCAGAUGAUGGAGGCCGCCCUGGCCCUGUCAGAGCAGAAGGUGCACAGUCUUGGGGAGCUGCUGAGUACGGCGAAGGAGGAGGAGGCAAGACUGGAGGAGAGCCAGGCCAAGCAGUUGCAGCAGCUCAAGAAGGAUGCUGCAGAUCGAGAAGCAAAGCUUCAGCGUGACCUUUCAGCUGCCAACGACAAAAAUCUCCUGCUCAGGAAUGAGGUGGAUGAACUGGAAAGGAAGUGCCAAGGGCAGAAGGAGCAGCUGUUUCAUGUGAAGGAGACCCUGACCCACACGACGGCAGAGCUGAAGCUGCGGGCUGCACAGGCUGAAGAGCGCUUGGAGAUGGAGAAGAGGAGGUUCAAGCAGGGCCUUGAGGAUGCAGAAUCCCUUCGGCUGAAAGAGGUAGAUCAAAUGACGCGUCACCUGGAGGCAACCGAGCGUUCCCUGCAGGAGCGAACCCAGAAGCUGGCAAAUAUCCGCAUAGGGCUGGAGGAGGAGCUGAGCCAAGUGAAGGCUGCUGCAGUUGUGGAACGGGGCCAUAUUGAGCAGGAGCUCAUCAAAGCCAGAAACCAAGCCAGGUUGGAAGAGCAACAGCGGUUGGAGCACCUGGAGGACAAGCUGCGUCUGAUGGCGCAGUCCCGUGAUGAGGCACAGAAUUACUGCCUGCAGCAAAAACAAGCGGUGGCUGAGGCACUCGGAAAGGAGAGCCAGCUGAGCAUGCAGGUGGAAGGACUCAAGAGGCGUGUGGAAGAACUUCAGCAGGAACUGAGUGGCAAGGAACAGGAGAAGGUGGCCGAGAUCAACAAAGUGCGAGUGGAGCUGCAGGAGCAGAUUGGACACCUGGAAGCCGAGAGGACGGCGCAGGAAGGGCUGCGGGAGAAAAUUGCAGCCCUGGAGCGGCAACUGAAAGUGCUGUCCAGUAAUCACCGGGAGGCGCUGUUGGACAAAGACGGUGAAAUCGCAAGCCUAAUGGAGAAGCUGAGAGUUCGAGAGGCCGAGAUCUCCAGGAUGAGGGAAGAGGAAGCUCAACGAGCCAGUUUUCUUCAGAACGCCAUAAUGACCUAUGUUCAGGGUUCCCCCCUGAGUUCUUUCAUCCCCAAGAAAUGAGCAAUAAGUCUUAAAGGAUCUU